AUUGGCUGCUACAUGUUCCGCAUCGACGACGCCGAGGUGGUGGACGCCACCAUGCACGGCAGCGCCGCCCGCUUCAUCAACCACUCCUGCGAGCCCAACUGCUACUCCCGCGUCAUCCAGGUGGAGGGGCACAAGCGCAUCGUCAUCUUCGCCCUGCGCCGCAUCCUGCGCGGGGAGGAGCUCACCUACGACUACAAGUUCCCCAUCGAGGAACCCGCCGCCAAGCUGCCCUGCAACUGCGGCGCCAAGCGCUGCCGCCGCUUCCUCAACUGA